GCUACUGUCUACAGCGUCAAAUGGACUUCUGAAACUUGCCUUCGACAUUUAAAUGAUUUUGAAACAUGGCUACAGCCCCGCGCAUUAUAGUACUCUCCAGCAUACUGGUACUCCUGCUUGCUGCCAAUAUUUGUACAACAGCAGAUGCAGCGAGUUUCGACUGGAGCUGCGCCGUAAAUGUUUCCAAUUUUGAAUUCAAUGUAACACGAAUAUCUGGCAUUUGGUACGAAACAGCGAGACUGCCAGAGACGGCAGUUCCGGCUUGCGUACAAGUAACUGCCCCACUUACGCCCGUCGAUGGCAACUACAGCCUUCAGCUGAACUAUUUCAAUAACGUCAACAAUGGUUGGAAGAAUACAAGUGAAAUUCUCGACUUUAAUUGGGAUGAAAAGACUCGAAAUGGCACAUUCGAAAUUGUAUAUGUAAACAGCGUAGUCAGCAUUACUGUAAUUUUCAAGUUGAUUGCAACAGAUUAUAAUACAGUAGCGCUCGUAUGCGGGUACUCGCCUUUAGCGCCGCAAGUCAGCAUGAUGAAGAUACUAACCAGACAUGCGCCGCUCAAUUCGACGCUCGUUGACAAGAUCAAUGAUUUAGCCAGUGCUUAUGGCGUUAGCUCACAAAUUACCUGGGUGGAACAUUCAAGCAGAUGCAAUUCAGCUAACAAAGCAAUGCCGUCGGUGUUACUCGCUUGCGGUUUGCUGUAUGGACUUCAGCAAGUUUUAAAAUUGGUUUUACGAUCAAAACCCAUAAGGAAUUAAUCAUCAAUCAAAUUUGCUAUUCGCUAAGAUUAGGCUGUAAUAAUAAUGAAAAUUAAUGAGAGAAUACCGUUAUUUAACUCAACAAAAACAAUUCAAUCUUACCCAGGGGAAAAGCGCAUAUUUCAGUAGCAGAUUGAGAACAAGUCAAAUUAAUAAAUUAAUGCAGAGGAGGAGACACUGAAAUUGUGCAGGACACGAGUAGACGUUGUGUCAAAGUUGAAUUGAGAAAAACAAUAGACGACCGCUUUUAAAUACAUACAUACUUAUCUAGAUGAGAAACUCCUUACUCAACAACUCCUUACGAGACACAACAGCGGCCAAGAAUAUUCAUCGACUAAGUUGACGUAAAUAAAAUCAAAUUAACUCAUUACUCACAUCUGGAGGCGCUUAUACAUACAUACAUUCAUAUGUACAUACAAGUAAACGAGCUUAAAUUAGGGCUAAAUGCAUUCAUAGUAAACAUUGAUAUCGAUAUCGCCAGCAGGCAAGCGUGCUCAUGCCUGCGACAGAUAUUAGCAGAGCAAGCACCUCAGCCGCGGGCAGCAGCUCUUUUGAUUGACUUGGUUAGAAGCAUUGUAUUACGCUGGCUGUAUCAAUAAAAACAGCAGCAUUUUGCUGCUGCUACCAACAGUGUUGCCUGGUUGGCGGUUUGGUCUUCAUUUGGACGAUUUUUAACUGUCAUUACGAUUUGACAAUUUCGACAAACAAAUUGGCGAUUUUUUCUCUGCGUGCCAUUUUGACUGGUUUACCGUUUACCAGUUUACAUAAGCAACUAAAAAGCUUGGCCAAUUCGCAAAGUUUCUGUAACGUCACGCUAGCGCGUAUGUUUACUAAUAUCUUUAAACCGGUCCUACCAAUACUUGUAAUAUUUUUUUUUUACUGAAUAAGGGAACAUUUAAUUUCUAUGCAAAACCUUUUUAAAAUUUUGACUAAAUAUUAAUUUUUUUUUUAACAUUUUGUCAUACGAGCGUCACGUUACACCAGUUUGGAAAUACCCAUAUUCAUCGUUAGUACAUAAUAAAAUAUUAUACCUGUUUUUCUAAAUUGGUGCGAAUUUUUAAUGCAGAUUUUACAUAUUUUUUAAUUUUUUUAGAAUAAUUAUUGCGCUUUUAACCCCUAAACGUAAACAUUUUUAACCCAAAUUAACAGGACAAUUCUGGCAACUGUCUUUCAACUCCCCAAAGUCUUUCGAAAGACAAAACUCAAAAUUAAUAAAUAAAUAAA